AAGUGAACCGUUGUUUUGGUUGUUAUCAGCUUGCGUACAAUAACAAAAUCGAGAGCACGGAAUAAAUCUUGUUUGCUCAGGGUCAACUUCACAACACGCCGGUUGGUCUAAUUUGCUCAUUUUGAUAACAACGAAUCAGUCACCGGACGUGCGAGCGCUUAUCAAAGAUAGGACAGCAGAGAGAGAGGACAUUUGCGUUUUUUGGGGGCCCUUUCAGUUCGUUACGGUUGCUUGAGCAGAGUUAGAGACCGACAGAGCAGAGCAGUAAACAUGGCCGCACCAAGGAAGGUAAUUAUCGAUCUGGAUGUCGGUACGGACGACGCAUGGGCGCUGUGGAUGCUGCUGCAGUGUGAGAAGACGUACGGCUACGAGGUGAUCGCCAUCACGUGCGUGAACGGCAAUACGGGCGUGGAGAAUGUGGUGGAAAACACGCUCACCGUGCUGUCCGCGAUGGGCCGUACGGAUGUGCCCGUGUACAGGGGUGCCCACGAACCGCUGGUCCAUCCGCGGGGAACGAAAUACGACGGGAACUUCCACGGCAAGAAUGGGCUCGGUGAUAUCGACUUCGGGAUCGAGGUUAACCGCACUCCCCUGCAAGAGGAACACGCGGUCACUGCCAUCCAGCGUCUGCUGAACGCGCACAAAGGAAGCAUCGAUUUGAUCUUUAUAGGUCCGCUGACGAAUUUGGCACUGGCCAUGAAGCUACGGCCGGGGCUGCUGAAGCAGGCGAGCCAUCUCUACAUCAUGGGCGGCAACCGGCACGGAGUCGGCAAUAUCACGUGGUCGGCCGAGUUCAACUUCCACACCGAUCCGGAGGCGGCCCAUAUUGUGCUGCAGAGCGAUUGCUGCCCGAUCUCGAUCGUACCGUGGGAGACGUGCCAGCGGCACGCCGUUCCGCUGGCCUGGCGCAUGGAGGAGCUGGGUGCGGAUGAAACCAAACCGAUGCUGCGGAUUCUGAACGCAGUGGAGCGCAAAGUUUACGGCCAGCGGCCAAACUGGAUGCCGUGCGAUGCGUACCUGGUGGCGGCGUUCAUUCAACCGGACUGUGUGCUGAAGGCCCACAGCUAUACGGUUGACGUGGAGCUGCACGGUGCGCUUACCCGCGGUCAGAUGGUGCUGGAUCACCGCGGUGCGGGCGCGGGCCACGUGCGCAUCAUCGACGAUAUUGAUGAGGGCAAGUUUAAGGAGCUGUGCUGGAAGACGGUCGCCUGAAGCGGCUGGAAUUGGCAGGAGAUACCGAACAAGUGUGCCUUAUCUAGAUGGUUUGUUUGAUUUUACAUUUAUUUGAUUGCUUUUACAUACUGUUAAACGAUCUUUACGAUGACAAUAAAACAACGGCGGUUGUUUCAAUAAAUGAACAAAAUAUUAUUACAA